AUCCAUCCUGCAGUCCUACUAGGAAACCACCCAGAUAACAUUUCAGGUCGCCUGAGAGAAAACCUUGAUGAUUUUUCCCCAGAUCUAUUGUUUUUUCCUUUCCUUCUUUCUUGCUCCGGGAGUUCGAGCAACUACCUAAUCAGCUGCUAACUCAGAUCAUCAGAUGGCUUCGUCACUAGCUCUUAAGAGGCUGGUCUCAUCGAGCAGCCUUCUCAACCGGUCUCUCAAUCCCCUCCUCCGUCCGGCUGCUUCCGCUGCGUCAUCAAGUGUUUUCGACGUCGUCGACCGCCGCUCCGAUCGUCCUCUCGACCAUCGCCGCGAAUUAUCCUCUUUUCCAGGUGUGUUUGAUCCAUUUUGGAGGAGGAGCGUGAGCCAAUUCAGUGAGUACUCUUCGGUCGCAUCCGGAGUCGGUCCUGGGUCUGAAGCUAAGGAGACCGGUGAUGGUCUGAAUCUGCGAGUGACGGGCAAAGAGGAUGAUGAUGUCAGCCCGAAAGUUGAUACAAGAAAAAAUGUCUUCCGCCCCUUAUCUCCUCAUCUUCCUAUAUACCAGCCCCAGGUGAACUCGACGAUGUCAAUUUUAAACAGAAUCUCCGGAAUUUAUCUAUCCGCAUUAGUCCUGUCUUUUUAUCUUGCUUCUAUGAAGAUGGGUUCGAUUUGCUUCAGCCACGGGAGCUUCUACCAAUUCUUCUUUUAUUCAUCGAAACUCAGCCUAAUAUCCGCCGAGAUUGCUGCCUUAGCCCUUUUCUAUCACGUGUAUGCUGGAGUUCGUCAUUUAUUGAUGGAUGUUUCGGGAACCGUCUUCUUCCGAAGAAAACUGCACAAAUGAUUGCCUUUCAGGUUUCCCUCCAGUUUCCUGUCCGGUUGCGGUCUUGUAAUAAAUUUUUGGGUGUUUUCUCUCGCAAUUGUCAAGGUUUAUCCUUCAAAUGAAUAUUGCUUUGUCAGUAACUUUUUCGUGCUGCCUAUUUUGCUGAAGAUGCAUAUUUCUCAUACUGAUUUACCUC